UGUGCUAGUCAGCUGGUAGCAUCUCCAACCUUCCUGUGUGCUCAUGUUUGGUCAACUAGAUUAAAUGAGAAAACAAUUAUUUGCGCAAUAUUCCUACUGAGCAGUGAAGAAAGAUGUUGUCUCGUUUAUUGAAGGAGCACCAGGCGAAGCAAAGCGAGCGGAAGGACCUGCAGGAGAAACGCAGGCGUGAAGCUAUUACUGCAGCCACGUGUCUGACAGAAGCCCUGGUGGACCACCUCAAUGUUGGAGUUGCCCAAGCAUACAUAAACCAACGUAAGCUCGACCAUGAGGUCAAAACUCUCCAGGUGCAGGCGAGCCAGUUCUCCAAACAAACUGCUCAGUGGAUCAGUAUGGUGGAGGGGUUCAAUCAGGCCCUAAAGGAAAUUGGGGAUGUGGAGAACUGGGCGCGCAGUAUUGAGAUGGACAUGAGGACCAUCUCCACCGCUCUGGAGUACGUACACAAGGGUCAGCUUCAGUCUGCUUCUUCAUAAACUUCACGUGAGAAGUUUAAAGCUGAAACUAAAUACACUGGAAUAUAACAGAAUGUAACAGGAAUCUGGUCCAGUUGACCUUUUUAAAAAUGCAAAACCUCAAUGUCAAUAAUGACUUUGCAAGUCUGCGUGCGAAUGCCGACGGUUACAUUGUUCAGAGGAAUACAGAAAGUCUAUUGCAUUGGACAAUUAAGAGUCUUGUUUUCUGUUAGCAAAAGUAGUAACCAUGGCAACCACAUGAUGCUGGAGUAUGAUGAUGAUAUUAAUGAUAAAGCUUUUGUAUUAAAUUAAAUUAAAUGGGUUUAACAUCUGUAUGGUAGUGAGGAUGUCUUCAUAAUAAUAAAUACAAUUUUGACAAUAGGUGAUACGUUUCCAGCUAUUUAAAUUUAAAGAAAGCAGAGCAAGUGUAGGUUUGUGAAGGUGUUAUUUGGGGGGGGGGGGUGUACAGACACAUUUUCCCACUCUUUGUCUGUAAUAUGACCCUUGCUUCUUUUCAGCACCUCAUAUUUGAAUUAUGUAUGUUCUUGUGUACAUAUUAUGUGUUUAUUAUGUACAAUGGGAACUGUUCUGUUUUCAUCAGACACCUAACUUGAAGUUUAUCAUAUGAUGAUUGAACUUAUUUUUAAUAAAGUUUUAAA